UUUGGACUCUGGGUCGGUUGGAGUGGCCUUGCACACUUCCAUAAUCUUCCUUUGGCUUCCGCUUCAGUCUUCACCUUCCCCCCUCCCUGAUUCUGGCUCUGCUGCAAACAAAUGGCUAAUUAUUCUCGAAUUCCAUUCGGAACUCUGUCACGAAGAGGGUGGAGUAGACUACAUACUGCAUAGUUUCAUUUUUAGUAUUGGAAUGGAUUGAAGUAUGGUCUGCUGCACUUUUUACUGUAUAUAUUGAUUCAGAAGGCAUUUAUUUGAUGGGGGGAUCUUGUUCGAGGAAGAGAGGCCAGCUUGACGAAAAUGGUUUACACGUAAGGGUCUCUGAAAGAUAUAGCAAAAGUGGGAGUUCAAAGUGGUUGGCAACUUCCUUUUCUAGACCUGGUGUUGAUAUACCUCAGGGAAAUGGGAAAUGCCCAUCCCUCAUGGAGUUGUGCAUUCAUAAAAUAUGCAAGGACCUUGACCAAUAUAGCACAUUUUCUAUGCUCCCAAGAGAUAUUACUCAGCAGAUCUUCAAUGAGUUGGUGUAUUCUCAAUGCUUAAAUGAUGUGUAUCUGGAAGCUUUCAGAGAUUGUGCAAUUCAGGAUAUUUACUUGGGAGAAUACAUUGGGAUAAAUGACAGCUGGAUGGAUGUCAUCUCUUCACAGGGAGCAUCAUUACUUUCUUUGGAUCUUUCUGGUUCUGAUGUCACAGAUUCCGGAUUACUUCAUCUCAAAGAAUGCACAAAUAUGCAAGACCUAAAAGUUGAUUACUGUGACAAGAUUUCUGAUCGUGGGCUUAAUAACAUAAGCGGGCUAUGUAAUUUGACAAGUUUGAGUUUUCGAAGAAACAAGUCUAUUACUGCACAGGGAAUGAGUGCCUUGGCUAGCUUAGUUAACUUGUUGAAGUUGGACCUGGAGAAAUGCCCCGAGAUUCAUGGUGGACUUGUACAUCUUAAAGGAUUGACAAAGUUGGAGUCUCUUAACAUCAAAUGGUGUAAUUGUAUCACGGAUAAUGAUAUGAAGCCUAUUUCAGGGCUAUCUAACUUGAAAAGCUUGCAAAUUUCCUGCAGUAAGGUUACAGAUUUUGGUAUCGCUUUUCUAAAAGGUUUGCACAAACUUUCUCUGUUGAACUUGGAGGGGUGCCCUGUUACAGCUGGAUGUUUGGAUUCUCUUUCAGCUCUUGCUGCUCUGUUAUAUUUAAACCUUAGCAGAUGUCAUCUUUCUGACGAUGGAUGUAAGAAGUUUACACAGCUCAGGAAGUUAAAGGUGUUAAACUUGGGGUUUAAUCACAUAACAGAUGCUUGUUUAAUGCAUAUGAAAGCAGGUUUGACAAAUUUAGAGAUCCUUAAUCUGGAUUCCUGUAGAAUUGGUGAUGGAGGACUGGUUAAUUUGGCAGCAGGUUUGACAAAUUUAGAGAGCCUUAAUCUGGAUUCCUGUAGAAUUGGUGAUAGAGGAAUGGUUAAUUUGGCAGGCCUUCGGCGUUUGAAGUGUUUGGAGUUGUCUGAUACUGGAGUUGGAAGCAGUGGGCUCAGCCAUCUCUCUGGUUUGACUGCUCUAGACAGUUUGAAUUUGUCAUUCACAGUAGUAACAGAUGGUGGUUUAAGAAAAUUGUCAGGAUUGUCUUCUCUCAAGUCACUUAAUCUGGAUGCUCGUCAAAUCACAGAUACUGGACUUGCAGCUCUUACAAGUUUGACAGGAUUGAUGCAUCUGGAUCUUUUUGGAGCUCAUAUAACGGAUUCUGGAACAAACUAUUUGCGAAAUUUCAAGAACCUGCAGUCCCUGGAGAUAUGUGGUGGAGGCUUGACUGAUGCUGGCGUAAAGAAUAUUAAAGAUCUUUCAUCCUUAUCACUCUUAAAUCUUUCACAAAACUGCAACCUGACAGAUAAAACAUUGGAAUUGAUUUCUGGAUUGACAGGGUUGGUCUCUUUGAACGUAUCAAAUUCCUGCAUAACUGGUUCAGGCUUGCGACAUCUGAAACUAUUGAAGAACUUAAAAUCUCUUACCUUGGAAUCUUGCAAAGUGACUGCAAAAGACAUCAGAAAGCUUCACGCGAUGGACCUGCCUAAUCUGGUAAGUUUUCGUCCUGAAUAGUUCUGGAGGUGAUACCAAAAAGUCCUGUAAAUACAUCGUCUUGGUAUGGGAGAUCAACAAAUUAUAUAUGUUGACCUGGAAAUACUGGCAAGACUUUGGACCUUAUCAUGUAAAGGUCCUUCUUGUAGACUAGAAACUUCAUGCAGCAUGUGAUGCUGCUUUCUAUAUGAAAGAAAUUGUAAAUAAGCUUCCUGCGCCAAUCUCCUUGGGUUCUAGUGGCAACUUCUGUACGUAACUCUGGUUGGUUGGUUUUGAAUAUUUAUGAACUGCUUGCUGUUCUGCGUUUGUGAAGGCUUUGUUAAACCAUUC